CACAUCUUCCCGCUGUGGCAUCUGCCACUAGCUUGGCAGAGUGCACAGACCGAGGUUUGUCCUUCGUAUCGUAUAUCGUACAGGACGGCACUUGUCCCUAUACGAUCUGACAGGAGUCCAGGUCCGGCGUCAAGCAGCCUACCUAUCGUAUUACGGCGGCUAAUGGCCCGACGCGAGGAUCGACGUCUACAGUGACAGCUCGGCGAGAAGAUCUGCUUUGCACAACACAAGGACAGCGGCGACUCGGGGAAAUCACGAGGAUAGCUCCGGCGAAGGACAGAAAGAGCGCGACGACGCGCCACAUAAAGGUCCGUGCGAGCGACCUUAUCGAGCUUUCUUCAACGCCAACGCCGAGAGCGUAACGUUCCGUUGGCUUUAGCCAGGGGGACCUUCUCCGAUGUAACAACACCGACGACCGCACACAGCAGCUCCCCUACGCCGUUCAUAGCCCUACUCGGUACAGGAGUAGGGGUCCUUCACGGCAAAUACAGAGCUUUGUUUGCCAUACAAGCUGUCGCACAAGUUGGACAAGAACGUACGGAGCAGUAUACUUCAUUUGCUCUCCUCUGCCCGCUCUCCGCUCUCCACUCUCCACUCUCCAUGUAAACAUUGUGACUGCUUCGGCUCCUCCACGGACCAUCAAAAUGCUACUAUAACCAUCAUCUUAGCCUUCCAAGGUUGCACGUCCAAGAUGUGGCCUGCUGGUCACCACUACUAGCAAGGUGCGGGGAACUUACUUUCCAAGACAUGGUGUUGCUACUGGUUACUCUGCACAUUGAGGUCAUUCGCGUCCGGGGUUAUCAUUUCCCAGAUAAGACAUUCCGGUGUGACUUCCACUCCACAGUACUAAUAUAAGCUGCGAUCCUCCCAGGUACACAGCUUCAGAGAUCUCGACCUCGCGCCACUUGAGCCAGAACAACCAUCUCUGAAAAUGCGCUUCAAUCAGGUCGUCCAGGCCAUUGCGGCCACCUCAUGCGCGUUCGCUGGGGCUGCCGAAGCUGUCAAAGUCAAUCCGCUACCCGCCCCCGUCUCCAUAACCUGGGGAACCUCAGGGCCCAAGCAGGUGGCUGGAUACCUCGUCCUCAAGAGCCCCUACAACCAGGUGGUUCAAGACGCGUGGAAUCGCGCGUUCAACUCGAUCACGACCUUAAAAUGGGUUCCCCAGGCUGUGGAGGAGCCAAUUCCUGUCUUCGACCCCUUUCCCACCACCCCAGCCGCGGCUAAAAGGGCUGCUGCCCCUGUAUUCGCCGAAUCGGAAUCAGAACAUACCAAGCGCUGGUCAACUUUGAUCUACGAAGUGAACGUCAAGAUCUCGGACUACAAGGCGGAUUUACAACACGGCGUCGACGAGUCAUACACGCUUGAUGUCAAGUCCAACUCACCUUCUAUCGAUAUCACAGCCAAGACCAUCUGGGGCGCUCUCCAUGCCUUUACAACUCUUCAACAAAUUGUCAUCUCUGAUGGCCACGGCGGCCUCCAGAUUGAGCAACCAGUGUCCAUCAAGGAUGGCCCGAUCUAUCCAUACCGCGGGAUCAUGGUCGACACCGGGCGCAACUUUAUCAGCGUCAAAAAAAUCUUUGAGACCAUCGACGGAAUGGCCUUGUCGAAGCUCAACGUGCUCCACUGGCACAUCGACGAUGACCAGUCCUGGCCCUUGACUAUGAACGCAUAUCCAGAAAUGACCAAGGACGCAUACUCUACGCGCGAGACGUACUCGCAUAACGACGUCCGCACCAUCAUUGCGUAUGCCCGCGCCCGCGCUGUUCGCAUCAUCCCCGAGAUCGAUAUGCCCGGCCAUUCCUCCGCGGGGUGGAAGCAAAUCGACCCUGCCAUUGUUGCCUGCACAAACUCCUGGUGGUCCAACGAUAACUGGCCGCUCCACACUGCUGUGCAACCCAACCCGGGCCAGCUGGAGAUUCUCAAUGAUAAGACGUACGAGGUUGUCGCAAAGGUGUAUAACGAGCUGUCUAGCCUCUUUACCGACAACCUGUUCCAUGUUGGCGGCGACGAGCUUCAGGUUGGCUGCUACAACCUCAGCACUAUCACACAGGAAUGGUUUGCGGCGAACAAAUCGCUGACGUACGACGACCUUGUCCAGUACUGGGUUGAUAAAGCUGUCCCGAUUUUCAAGAAGCCAAAGAACAGGCGUCUUGUCAUGUGGGAGGAUGUUGCCAUCAACGACCCGCACGCACAUGACAUGCCCAAGGACAUCAUCAUGCAGACUUGGAACGGCGGCCUCGCCAAUAUCAAGAAGCUCACGUCGAGCGGUUUUGAUGUCGUCGUCUCCUCGUCCGACUGGUUUUACCUUGACUGUGGCGUCGGCGGCUACGUGACCAACGACCCCCGUUACAACGAGAACGUCAACCCCGACCCGGAUACCGCCAACUUCAACUUCGGAGGCACCGGAGGAUCUUGGUGCGCCCCUUACAAGACCUGGCAACGCAUCUACGACUACGACUUCACCACCAACCUGACCGCCGCCGAGGCCAAGAAGGUCAUUGGAGUCACCGCCCCCUUGUGGUCCGAGCAAGUCGACGACACUUGCCUCUCGUCGAAGCUAUGGCCGCGUGCUGCUGCGCUCGCCGAGCUAUCCUGGUCCGGAAACAGGGACGCCGCGGGCAAGAAGCGCACGACGACCAUGACGCAGCGCAUCCUGAACUUUAGGGAGUAUCUCGUCGCGUCGGGAGUACAGGCCACGCCGCUCGUUCCAAAAUACUGCCUGCAGCACCCGCAUCAUUGUGAUUUGUAUUACGACCAGAACGCGGUUGUCUGAGGGCUCGGCUCCAUCUCUUUAUGUAGUGUAGUGUCUCGCCUCGUCUACUCGCGGCUGGGAGACAGAAGAAAAUGAAACUGUACACUCUG